CCUAAGCAUCCGUUCGGGAGGUAUUCCUUAGCCGCCUGUGCGGGUCCCAUUUCCGUAGGUACAUCCACACGCCGGAAACCUUACGUAGAGUUUACCCCACUACGGCAAAUAUCUCCGACCCAAUACAAGCUAGUUUGUCUUGCAAUAUACUUUGUCUCACAGCAUUUAUGCCCGUUCGAGGUACAUCUCCGUAUCUUAGGUUCCCGUACGGAGACUUGUCGUAGUGGCGCAGCUAAGCCUACGUCGCAACGGGCGGAUCCCCCCAAGCGAAUGAGUUCCAUAACUACUUAG